GAAGAACUGCAGUGAUAGGAACAUUUCCGGUGCAAGUUGCCUCAAAGAUUCUCAGAUUUGGACACUCACCACCAAAAAUAAAAACAAAUUUUUAAACCAGACGGUACCAAUUUUGAAUGUAAAUGGUGUACGAACGUUCAAACAUUAGAAAUAUAGAAUGAAAAUUUACAUAUCUAUUCGAAAUGAUAAAAAGUGCUUAAGUCUGUAAAGCGAGUUUCUUCCGGCAAUAGUUGCUUGAAACUGAAAAGCUUUCAGUUUCGCCAAAUUCGAACAAAUUUUUAAAAACUUUAAAUUAAUAUUAGAAGAAACGAAAUUAAACUUUCUCAAGGAAUUCUUGAAAUUCGACAUCGAUUCAAAAUUGUUCUGAAUUACCGAUAUCGAUUCGUAACCGUUUCAUCAACAAUUUUGAAAACCCAACAAUCGAAGAAUAUUGUAAUUCAUGAAAGAUUGUUAAUACAAAAUUAAAUGAAAUUAUCGGUACUUUUUGAAAAUGACUGUACUGUCAACAUUAAUUAGGCAACAAGUCCACUCUUCAGGUGGAUGAUUACUAGGUGAGAUAUUGCUCGACCGCUGCUUGACAGUAUUUCCGCAUGUCACGAUAAAAAACACGAGAUAAACACCUUACUAACUGGGCCACAAAAAGAGACAAGCACUCGCACGGAUUUUCUUCUCUCUCAUAAUCUUAAGCAUUUAUAUAAAAGGUUUUGUCGGCCUAUAUUUAGGUUCAGUAAAUCCCUCGGACGUGGUCAGAUCCACGAAGCUUCCUCCCAGGACUACGUUAUUAAUUUAAGAUUUUCUGGAUCUCGAAGUACCUCUCUCUCAUCAAUUUUGUUUGAAUUUCCUGUCGGGGAUCAGUCAUCAAUUGGAAUUUUUUUGUGAUUUCUAAGCAAAGCAUUUUUUCGUCAAUAUUGUUUGGAACAAAAUUUCAUAUCUUUAGAAGUAUGCACUUUUCAAAUUCUCUCUCCAACUUUAUUGGUCUGAUAUGCUUGCUGCAAUUUCACGAGGUCCGUUCGAUAAUUCAAAGUCCGUUGAAAGAUCGUUAUGACGGUUAUGGCGAAGAGUGGAUUUUUAUGCCAGAUGGAAAUGAAAAACCUCAAGUUGCCAUUCUCAAAGGACAAGAACCCGAGUCUCGCAGUAUAUUGGAUGAUCAAGCCAUCCAUUUUCUGCUCUUCACAAGAUCCGGCCCAGAAAAUGGGACAGCGCUGUACGUCAAUGAUACGGAGGCAUUGAAAAAAUCAGAUUUCUCACCAUCUCGGAAAACGAAAUUUAUAACUCAUGGAUGGAAAUCGAGUUCGACUGGCAAGGGUUUGACUGACAUGAAAACAGCUUACAUCAAUCAUGGCGAUUACAAUGUGUUUUUGGUCGACUGGGAGCCCUUGGCAUCGAGCACUUUUUAUCUUGGACCAAUGCGAAAUACCGGAAGAGUCGGAAGUGAAGCUGGACGUUUCAUCGAUUAUUUGGUCGAAGAAACCGGCCUGAAAACCGAAGAUGUUCAUUUCAUUGGACACUCGCUAGGAGCUCAUGUGGCCGGAAAUACAGGAGCGUCCGUCAGGUCUGGAAAAUUAGGUCGAGUAACUGGACUAGAUCCGGCUUUGCCAGGGUUUCACAUUCUCGCAGCGGCCACUGGCCGUCUCGAUAGCACCGACGCCGAUUUCGUCGACGUAAUACAUUCCUGUGGAGGGAUAUUGGGUUGGCUGCAGCCGAUUGGUGAUGCUGAUUUUUAUCCAAACGGAGGAGUUGCUGUGCAGCCUGGCUGCUGUUGUGUAGCGGAGAUUACUGAGGCGUGCAGCCACGGACGUUCGUACGCUUAUUUCACCGAAAGCAUAACUUCCGGUCUUGGGUUACGAGCAACGAAAUGCGAUACGUGGGAGCACUUUUCCGAAGGCUCCUGUGAGGAGAACGAUGCCGUAUACAUGGGAGAACACAUCGAAAGAUCGGCGAAAGGAACAUACUAUUUGAAAACAAGAUCCGAACCUCCAUACGCGUAUACGUCGACGAAGAAAAUUACAGAAGAUUGUGAGGAACCUGGGGGCUGGAGUAUCGACGCUGAUGGCUCGCGAAUUUGCGGCACGAAUGAAAUUUGAGUACACAGAUAAAU